CUGAGAAUAAAAUUGGCCCUAGAGCCUUGAAUCAGAAGGUAGCAGAUUCCAAACCACCUAACGCGAGCUAAACGAUCGGCCUACUGCGGCGUUUUUUGGAAUGACGAAACAUGAAACAAGCGGGGCGAGAGAAGGCGAAAGCACGAACAUACAGAAGGCCAGCCGCCCGGAGAGGACUCUGUUUGUUCAAUCGGAAAACCAUCUCUUUGUGAUAAAGAUCGGAAAUGGCAUCCAAUCAAAUUGUUCGGUGAUGAAGCUACCGUAUCACCUCAUGGGUAUGUUUGAAUUGGAGUCCAAGAUGUUCUUGCUGGGCGGCAAAGAGUUCGACGUUGCCCCCAGAGAAAUCUAUGAGGUGAAACAGGAUUCCAAUAAUUCCGUGUCCCUAGUUCCUUCGAGCGUCGUGCCAGAGAUGAACGACGGGAAGGGAACUGCUAUUGUCCAAAAGUUUGGAAGCAAGAUAUUUGCACUGCACAUGGGCCCUGAUUUCCAAUACGACAAGCCGAGUGGCAGAUAUACGUCUAAAGUUUUUGAAGUUUUCGAUUCUGCUUUUCCAGAAAAAGGCUGGGCUGUGAAAUCAGGUAUACCUUUUUUUCAUGGUGCCUUGUCUGAGGGAGGGUACGCCUUGCUCCGCUUCUUUCGAGUAGGGGAGAAUCUCUACUUGGACGUGAGAGGUAAACCACGGGGUGUUUAUGUUUUUAAUUUAAAGACCGAGGAAUGGUCGAAGGAUGACCCUUUUUUUUGGGGGAGACAUAAUCCUAUUGGCUCACCACUGAGAGCUGUCUCAGCUCCUGGUUUAGAUGAUGAAACGUAUGUCGUUUUUGGAUCCCACUUUCGAGCUGCACUUUUCACGCAAGGAAAAGGAUGCUCCUGUUAUCAGGAUGUGGACGCCAUCUUCAACUUGGAAGGAUUGGAUAGGGAAUAUAUGUCCUUCCAAUUUGUUGAGACGGGGAAAGGUGACUACUUGGGCCUCCUGUCAGCUCAGGACGAAAACACACAGGACUUUUAUCUUCUUAUAUCAACCUUUUCACUUGAGGUACUCACUGCUCAAGUGCCACCAAUCCCAUCUCCGGGUGAGCCGAUCAAAAUGACAUUCUUAAGCAUUAACCGCAAGAACCAACAGAAGCUCAAUAUCACUGGGGCUCGUUUCCAUUAUUUUGCUGGAGCUGCAUGUCUUUAGGUUCUACGUGAAGACCCUCUGCUUAUGAAGUAUCAUUUCGUGUAUGAAGAUAUCUAUCUGCUGCGCCAACGAAUGGAUUUACUUAACAAUCCCUUUGCAAGUGAUGAAUCUGUCCAUUAAUUUAAAGCAAGGUGUUCCCUGCUGAGGUGUAAUGGAAAUUUAAGAAUUAUAACUUCUCCUAUUGGCGUUGAUGACUGGACAUCAGGUCUGGAAUUCGACGCAGGAAUACAUGAUCUUGAUUACAUGUAGAAGUGGUUUCUGGCUUGAAGGAUCAAUUGCUCGAUGAUACAUCUUUAACUCUUGCGUUUCAUUUCCGUUUUCAUUCUCAAUAGCAUUUCUCUCUUUAACUAAAGUGAAAUACCAAUUUAUUUUUCUGUCGUGCCAGACUUCUUCUUCUUGAAUUUUAUAUGUUUGUUUAAAGGAUGUAUUGCGAUCUGCAAUCCCUCUCCCAUCAUGGAGUGAGUUGAGUGAUCUGCUUGCUUGCAAAAGUUUUUAAGCUUCAUUUCAAUAGGUUCAUUUGCUAGCGCAACUGUGUACUCUUUUAUUCUCCCUGCUCCCUCUGUUAAUUUUCUAUAUUAAUUGAUAAUGACCUGUUUUACAGUGAUGAAAUCAUAUCUAACAUUUGUCUUGUUCCUU